GUCUCCUUGCUGUGGGACCAGAAGGAGGGAGUCAUGCCACGGCGGCGUCUCAUCCAUGCCAUUUGGGGAGUGGUUGUUGUUCUUGUCAGCGUGGAGCUCCUUUCCAUGAGACAUUAUGACAUUCCAGUGGCAGUCGAUGACCGAAGAUCUGGAGAAGAGACAUCUGGUCUUUCAGAACAGCCAGAAACUACGUUGGUGGACGUAAAGGACCACGUCAGCAGGGAGCCAAGGCCUGAAAAACGUGAGGUUCACAUACCACAUGCUACAGCUGGGAAAGGCCUGUUGCUUGAGGAACUUUUCAUUGCUAUAAAGACAACAAAGAAGUUCCAUCAGUCCAGAAUGGGAUUACUGCUGCUUACCUGGAUAUCUCGGGUCAAGGAACAGACAUAUGUCUUCACGGAUAAAGAUGAUGAUGAACUGCAAGGAAAACUGGGGAAUCAUGUGGUGUUUACCAACUGCUCUGUAGAGCACAGCCACCCAGCACUCUCUUGCAAAAUGGCUGCUGAGUUUGAUGCAUUUUUGGCUAGUGGCCUGAGCUGGUUUUGCCACGUUGAUGAUGACAACUACCUAAAUCCACAUGCUCUGCUGGAACUCUUGUCCUCUUACUCUUCAGACCAAGAUGUUUAUAUUGGGAAGCCCAGCUUGAAUAGGCCAAUUCAUGCCUCUGAAACCUUGCCUAACAACCAGACAAAGUCAGUGUAUUUUUGGUUUGCCACUGGAGGUGCUGGAUUCUGCAUCAGCCGGAAACUGGCCACUAAGAUGGCCCCUUGGGCAAGCGGCAGUAACUUCCUGAUCACUUCAGAGCACAUCCGACUUCCAGAUGACUGCACUGUGGGCUACAUCAUUGAAUGCAAGUUAGGGGGGCGCUUGGUUGCAAGUAACCUCUUCCAUUCUCACCUGGAGAACCUGCAGCUAAUGCGGAGAGACCAACUGACCAAGCAGGUCACGCUUAGCUACGGCAUUUUUGAGAAGAAGCUCAAUGCUAUCAAGCUAGCAGGUCCUUUCUCCCAGCACGACGACCCUUCCAGGUUUCGAUCGCUCCACUGCAUCCUUUAUCCAGACACUUCCUGGUGCCCACGUCCAGUCACCCAGUGACAUCUGGUCAGAAACUAUCACUAUGGCUUAAUCGAUGGCUGAAGAAACUUGGGGCUCACCCAACUCUCUGUCCAAUGGA